AUGGCUAUAAAUACCCUCUCUCUCACUCUCUCUCUCUCUCUCUCUCUCUCUCUCUGUCGAUGUAUAUCUUUAUGUAUCUCUCUUUCUCUUUUGAUGUUUAACUUUGCUUAUCUCUCUUUCUUAAUUUCUACUGUUGUUUCUCUCUCACUCUCACUCUCUCUCUCUCUCUCUCUCUGUCGAUGUAUAUCUUUAUGUAUCUCUCUUUCUCUUUUGAUGUUUAACUUUGCUUAUCUCUCUUUCUUAAUUUCUACUGUUGUUUCUCUCUCACUCUCUCUCUCUCCCGGAAAUUGUCUUCGUCCCUUUGUCUCUGUCUAUGUUUCUGUCUGUCUGUCUCUCUCUCUUUCUCUUGGUUUUUGUCUUUCCUUGUCUCUCUCCCCUGGUAGCUGCCUUUGUCUCUCUAUCUCUCUCUAUCUCUCUCUUUCUUUCUCUCUCUCUCGCCUGGUUUUCUUUCUUUCUGUUUUUAGAAGAAGAAUCAGUCAUUGUCUCCUCAUUAAUGCUUAA